CACGCAGGCCGGGGAUUCACGUGAUCCGAAGGGGGAAGAGGACGGGGGAGGCGUCGCCAUGGGCACCGCGCUGGAUAUCAAGAUCAAGCGGGCCAACAAGGUGUAUCAUUGCGGGGAAGUUCUCACUGGAGUGGUAGUCAUAACAAGCAGAGAUGCACUUCAGCACCAGGGAAUCUCAUUAACAAUGGAAGGAUCUGUAAAUCUACAGCUCAGUGCCAAAAGCGUUGGUGUGUUUGAAGCCUUCUACAAUUCUGUUAAGCCUAUUCAACUUAUUAACAAUACUGUAGAAAUGGUAAAACCUGGAAAAUUGCCCAGUGGUAAAACAGAAAUUCCUUUUGAGUUUCCACUGCAAGUGAAGGGAAACAAAGUUCUCUAUGAAACUUACCAUGGAGUUUUUGUCAAUAUCCAGUAUACCCUUCGAUGUGACAUGCGACGCUCUCUUCUGGCCAAGGAUUUGACUAAAACUUGUGAAUUUAUUGUCCACUCACCACCCCAGAAAGGUAAGGCAACCCCAAGCCCAGUGGACUUUACUAUUACUCCUGAAACUCUACAGAAUGUAAAAGAGAGGGCAUUGCUCCCAAAAUUUCUCAUCAGAGGUCAUCUCAAAUCAACAAACUGCACCAUAACACAGCCACUAGCAGGCGAGUUGGUGGUAGUGAACUCAGAUGCUGCAGUUAAGAGCAUUGAACUACAGUUGGUACGAGUGGAAACCUGUGGCUGUGCUGAGGGUUAUGCCAGAGAUGCCACUGAGAUUCAGAAUAUUCAGAUUGCUGAUGGAGAUGUCUGUAGAAAUCUUCCUAUUCCAAUCUACAUGGUAUUUCCCCGGCUGUUUACCUGCCCUACGCUGGAAACUACAAACUUCAAAGUUGAAUUUGAAGUUAACAUCGUUGUCCUCUUGCAUGAUGAUCACCUCAUCACAGAGAACUUUCCACUGAAGCUCUGCAGGCUAUGAUUAAUUUGGGGGUAUUGUUUCAGAACUAUGGGACCAGGUGCAUCCCAUCCAUUGGUAAUCCAGUGGAUUGGCACUGCAGGAGCUAAGGAAAGUGAUUACUCCUUUGUAUUCUAAUCUCAUGACAGUAAUAACAGGGUAUUUGAGUGGUGAGCUGGAAUUAUAAAUUGCAAGUGUAAAAGUGCUUUCACACAGACAGUAUUCAAUAAGAACUAGAAGAAAUUUCUCUUUAGUCGUAUUAGGGAGCAAGUAUUGAUCAGAUGUUGCAGAGGUGGUGCUGUUUCUGGUGAAACUAUUGCAGACCAGUUAGAGAACUACCUGGACUAUACUUCUAUAUUUGUUUGUUCCUUUGUAUGCGGGAGUUCUAACAGGUCUUUUUGGCAGUAUUUCAUUCUGACUAAAACAAUUUCACACCCAAGUCUUAAGAAUUUGCUUAGUGGCUUAAGACUAAACCGAUUUUGUUAGUGUUUGUAAGUUCUAUUAAAAACAAGAUAUUUUAAGUCUAAACAUAAGUGAUGGGAAUUGUGCUUACCAAAACAGUUGACUUGUAAACUAGAAAGGAACUGAACUUUUUCAAAACAAAAGUGUUUUGUUUUUAAAUUCCCGUUUCCUUUGUCAGCAUUUCAAAGAAAGACUUAACUUUGAAUACUUUUGAGCAUCGAUCUCCUUUUGGGGUAACAUAACAACCAGUAUCAGAGGAUCAGCUGUAAGGAUUCAAUAUGGUUUGCAUGCUUGUGGGCAUUACACUGCCACCUCCUGGUAAGAUGGCCAUUUGAACAGAGUGAAAUUUACUUCAGGCAACAUAGGGGAAAGAGUGACUUUUAGAGGACAGAGAAAGAGAGGAAAGAAUAAUUAUGAUGUUGCUGCCUACCCUUUGAAGGUAUCAUCCUCUAAGUUCCAUAAAGAAAUGUUGAUAUGCCGUAAGAUUGGUGAGAUUUUAAGUGGCAGAAAUGGGCCGUCUGGCUGUGGCAUGAUCUUAAACCCUGCCUCCUAACAUACGUCAGUGAUGGUUGAUAGAGUGAAUGAAUUGCUCAUGAGGUUCUAAGUGUUGUAUACCAAAUAAAUAGUUGGCCAUUUCCAUGAAGGAACUGAAAUUAUUGUGCUUUCCAAGAAAACAACACAACAGAAACUUAUACCUGAACUAAAAAGCCACCUCUUUUUGAAUAUUAAGGUUAGGGACUUCACUAGAAUAUCCAAGUCCCCACACAAUUCAGUAACCCCUUCCCACUCUGAUAAAGCAGGGACAAAUUCAUAGAAAGUUUUUGCUAUAUGUGAGAAUAGAAAAUACACCCUACUGGUACCAGUAUGAGUUGAGAUUCUUCAUGGUUCUGGGGUACCCUCAAGGAGAAGACUGACUCCUUGCCCCCUUUUCAUAUUGAAGCCGAAAUUCUGAAAAAGUAUCCAGAACUUUACAAAACUCUAAGCCAAGAUGGCUUGAAAGAGUUGUAGGUUAUUCCAUGGAAUUAUGGAUGAGUCCUCACAUCUGAUGCUGUUACGCACAAGGACUCUUUCAUAGUACACCACAUUAAAAGAAAAAGGGGUGCUUUUGUUUUCAAAAACAUAGGAUAUGUGGUCUUACUACCCUUUGUGAUGUCAUCCUGACUGAAACUAGAUGAAAAAUGAUUCACAUAGCCCCUUUAAAAACACAUCUUAAAAGAAUAUAGGGAUGAUACUUAGCUGGCAGUGUUGUUGUAAAGAUUACCAAGAAGGAAAGACAAAACACUUAAGUGCUACGUAUAAAUUCCAAGUAUUAGCAGUGUCACACAGCUCAGUGACUAUACACUUGCAGGCAGCCUCCAUGUAAGUAUGGCUUGGGGUACAACUUGCCUCUCGGCCAACCUGCACUCAGAUGCAUUGUUUAUAUGAACCAUUUCCUCCAGAUGGCUAAAUAGAACCUCCAUGUUCAAAGGUAAGAUAUAAUUACCUGAUAUGGGAGAUAACACCUUAUAUCUUACUUCAGUACAUCUAUGGCUGGUCAUUUACAAUGGUACUGCUUUUGAAUAGCUCAUUAAACCAUGAGGAAUAGAAAUACAUUUGACCCGCAGUCUUAGGUAUCCUAUCUUUAUAAAAGGCUUUUUGAUCAAUCAAGCAUACAUGAUAAUGGACAGCCUUAUUUUGCAUUUGGCUAGCAGGAAUAAUGCCUGAUAAAUGACUAGUACUAUUAGACUACUGUUAGCUACGCUUCUUAUUCUGCUCUUUAGUCUUCGGCAUAUAACAGUAUCAGGAAGAAUGCCUUUUGUUUUAAUACAGGUAUGUAUCUUUGUUUUUCAAAAUAAAUAUGUCCUCUCUG